UGUUGUAUUUCGUUCCGUUGUUGCAUGUUUACAUUUCAAAUAAUUAUUUUGUUGCUGAUUAAUGCAACAACAACAACAACUUAAAAGUUAAGAUAUACAUAGAGAACCAAUAGCUUUCGCAUUUUUAAUCAAUUAUCAAACGGAAUUGAUAAUGGGCGAGAAAAUGGACAAAAUUGUUAAAAGAAUCAUCGCUACCAAAACAGCACCGGAGCCAAUAGGCCCAUAUAGCCAAGCGGUUGUUGCCGACAAAACCGUUUAUGUUUCGGGUUGCCUUGGCGUGUCUCUGGAAACGGGAAAAUUGGUUGAUGGCGGUGCAAAGGAACAAGCUGAAACGGCUUUAACUCACUUGAAGAAUGUACUCCGUGCAUCUGGAUCAAACAUGAACAAUGUGGUCAAAACAACUGUAUUUCUCCAAGACUUCAAUGACUUUCCAACUGUGAAUCAAGUCUAUAAAGAAGCGUUCGUGCGCAAUUUUCCAGCCAGAUCUUGUGUUCAAGUGGCCAAAUUGCCAAUGGGAGCGCUUGUCGAAAUCGAAGCCAUCGCUGUUGCGGGAGAAAAUUGAACCGGUUCUCUGUACGAUUUAGAGGUUGACACAUCGUAUGACGUUCAUUCACAAAUGUCAAAGCCUACAAAAACAGUAUAAUAAAGUGUAUUUUUGCGAACGUUGUACCACA